ACACUUACCAAAUGUUGUUCAUGUACAGUAUAUGUUAAGCUGGUACUUGACAGGAUGUCUAAGUGUUAAAUUUGGCUGAAAAUAUUAGAAGUAUUAUCAAAAUGAUAAAGCUGAAUAAGAAUAAGAAAAUAACAGCAGAUGGAGAGCAACUUUUAUUUAACAAAACAAUCACCUCAAGCGCAUAAUUAAUAUAUAAUAUUUUGAAACCCCUGCGAUCUAAGCCAACAUCGUAAUCAUGAAUAGAGGUUCAAAAUCAAUCCAAUCAAGUUUUUCUGUGUGUAAUCUGAUUUCUCAUUUCUUUAGGAUUGGGAAACUGGCCCUAUGGAAAGUCCCAAAUGUUACAAACUCCAAUGACACAACAAAGAUAGGUCCUUGAUGAGGAACCAGAUGCCAUUUGUGAAAGCUGUCACUUUAUAUUCCCUACAUCACGCUGCAUGGAGUACCACACCUCGGUUGUUCACACUUUAUAUUCCCUACAUCACGCUGCAUGGAGUACCACACCUCGGUUGUUCACACUUUAUAUUCUCUACAUCACGCUGCAUGGAGUACCACACCUCGGUUGUUCACACUUUAUAUUCCCUACAUCACGCUGCAUGGAGUACCACACCUCGGUUGUUCACACUUUAUAUUCCCCACAUCACGCUGCAUGGAGUACCACACCUCGGUUGUUCACACUUUAUAUUCCCUACAUCACGCUGCAUGGAGUACCACACCUCGGUUGUUCACAUUUUAUAUUCCCCACAUCACGCUGCAUGGAGUACCACACCUCGGUUGUUCACACUUUAUAUUCCCUACAUCACGCUGCAUGGAGUACCACACCUCGGUUGUUCACACUUUAUAUUCCCCACAUCACGCUGCAUGGAGUACCACACCUCGGUUGUUCACACUUUAUAUUCCCUACAUCACGCUGCAUGGAGUACCACACCUCGGUUGUUCACAUUUUAUAUUCCCCACAUCACGCUGCAUGGAGUACCACACCUCGGUUGUUCACACUUUAUAUUCCC